UUGAGAUAUAUGAUAAAGGAUUGUAAUCAUUAUUUUCUGAACUAAUAUUUCCCGACUUCAUUUGGAUGUCGUGAUUUUGCAGAGAUUUUACGCACGACAUGCCACCUUGCGUUAUUGAAAAAAACAGCUCGAGGGCCCUGUAUACAGUUAUGUGGUUGUACAUAUUGGCAGCUUGGGGUGUGUGUGUCUCCACUGCCACUUCUGAAAUGUUCACGUGUGCGGUACCCGUGGAUCCGGUCUCGGCACGGUUGGGACAUGUUGCCACCAUGCCAUGCUGGCUCACCCCUUCCAUGAACGCAGAGGGCCUGGAGGUGCGUUGGUACCGGCCCAAAGAUUUCGACAACCCGGUCUUGCACUACAGAGAGAGGAAGAUCCAGGAAGCAUCACAGCAGUCCCAAUACGUGGGCCGCAGCUCCCUGGGGCUCCAGGAGGUUACGUCACAAGGGCUGAAGGGAGGGGAUGUGACCUUGAAGCUGGUUAAUGUCACUCUGAAAGACCAAGGGGAGUAUGUGUGUUACGUCAGCAGUAACCAGGACUAUGGGACUGCCAGUGUCUUUCUCAAUGUGACUGUGAGGGGCACCCCUCCUCUCCUCUCAGCAGUCAGAACAGAUGCUGACUCUGUGAAUGUGAGCUGUGUUUCCCAUGGAUGGAAGCCAAGGCCCAGGCUACAGUGGUCAGAUGGGAGGCAGACUCUGAAACCUGCGAAGCUGGACUACAGCAGUGGUGCCCAUGGUCUGGUGUCUGCCCACAGCUGGGUCCUCUCUUCCCCCUCCAGUGCUCCCUGGGUAUCCUGUUCUCUGGUUCUGUCUGAAGGGGAGGAGAUGGAGGGAAGAGUGGACCUACGGAACGUUGCGGCUGUACCAGAGACUUCAUCAGGACUGCAAACAGCUGUCAUCAUUUUAGCUCUGCUUCUGCUCCUGUCCGUUGUCUUCAUCGGUGUGCUCUACAAAAAGAGAGGAAACAAAUCAACACAUGUGCUUAAAGGAGAUAUAUUAGAUAUCGAGACUAUGAGACAACCUGAAGAUUUAGUGGAUAUAGAGAAUAUGAGACUAGCUGGAGUGGAUGUCACAUUGGAUCUCAAGACAGCUCCUUCCUAUCUGACAGUUGAUUCAACUGGUAAAAUUGUGAGAGACAGUAAAGAUAAUCCAUGUCCUCCGGGUGAGCAUGCUUAUAUACUUGGAACUCAUGGUUUUACCUCAGGCAGCCAUGCUUACUGGGAGGUUAGACUGGAUAAGGAGAUGGUAGGCGUUAAAGAAUCCUGGUGGGUUGGACUGGCAAGUGGGUCUGUUAAAAGACAAGGUGAUGUACCAGCCACACCUUCCAAUGGUUUCUGGUUCCUGUCCUCAUACAAAGAGAAAGGCUUACGGCUUAAUAUGGCCCCCGACAUCCUACUUCCUGCCGAUCCUAGACCUCAGAUACUAGGGGUGUAUUUGGACUAUGACCAAAGAGUACUCUCUUUUAUCAAUGUAAAAGACAAUAAACUGAUUGUCACUGUGAGAGCCAUGUUCAUUGGGGAGCUGUUUCCUCUUUUUAACCCAGGUCAAGGUGACACAGCCCCUAUGACGAUAUUAGAUGCUAGCCACUAUAAAACAAAACCUGUAGAAGAGUCUGCUUCUGAGACUGGUGCCUUUCUAGUUUCUAACCAAAGUCGCAAUCAUCAGACUUCUGAAUCCAAAGACUGUCUUUAAAUGUCUGUAAAACAAUGAAAACUACAGCACUAUAUAUUAACACAUUGUUUUAUGUAUCUAGUGCACUUCAUAUUAGGGUGUGUACAAGUAGUAUUCUGCACUGGUCCAAUUCAUCAUCAUCUCCUUGCUCUUCUUCUUUGUCUGCAGUGCAAUUGGAUUUGAUUUGACUACCGUGGAAACAUAUGAUUGGUGAUAGCAGUGUAGUAGGUGGAUGUGGUGGAUGGAUAUAUAUUGUAGAUGGAUGGAUGUAGUAGGUAGAUGGAUGUGGUAGAUUGAUGGAUGUGGUUGACGUAGUGGACGGAUGGACGUAGUAGUGAUGUAGUAGAUGGAUUGAUGUAGUGGCUGGAUGGAUGUAGUAGCGAUAUAGUAGAUGGAUGUAGUGGAUUUAUGGCUGUGGUAGCGAUAUAGUAGAUGGAUGGAUGUAGUAGAUGGCUGGAUAUAGUGGAUGGAUGUAGUAGAUGGAUGUAUUGGAUUGAUGGAUGUAGUAGAUGGAUGUAGUGGAUUGAUGGAUGUACCGUAGUAGAGAGAUGUAGUUGAUGGAUGGAUGUAGUAGAUGGAUGUGGUAGAUUGAUGGAUAUACCGUAGUAGAGAGAUGUAGUUGAUGGAUGGAUGUAGUAGAUGGAUGUGGUAGAUUGAUGGAUAUACCGUAGUAGAGAGAUGUAGUUGAUGGAUGGAUGUAGUAGAUGGAUGUGGUAGAUUGAUGGAUAUACCGUAGUAGAGAGAUGUAGUUGAUGGAUGGAUGUAGUAGAUGGAUGUGGUAGAUUGAUGGAUGUACCGUAGUAGAGAGAUGUAGUUGAUGGAUGGAUGUAGUAGGUAGAUGGAUGUAGUGGAUUGAUGGAUGUACCGUAGUAGAGAGAUGUAGUUGAUGGAUGGAUGUAGUAGAUGGAUGUGGUAGAUUGAUGGAUGUACCGUAGUAGAGAGAUGUAGUUGAUGGAUGGAUGUAAUAGAUGGAUGUAGUGGAUUGAUGGAUGUACCGUAGUAGAGAGAUGUAGUUGAUGGAUGGAUGUAGUAGAUGGAUGUGGUAGAUUGAUGGAUGUACCGUAGUAGAGAGAUGUAGUUGAUGGAUGGAUGUAGUAGAUGGAUGUGGUAGAUUGAUGGAUGUACCGUAGUAGAGAGAUGUAGUUGAUGGAUGGAUGUAGUAGAUGGAUGUGGUAGAUUGAUGGAUGUACCGUAGUAGAGAGAUGUAGUUGAUGGAUGGAUGUAGUAGAGAGAUGUAGUUGAUGGAUGGAUAUACCGUAGUAGAGAGAUGUAGUUGAUGGAUGGAUAUACCGUAGUAGAGAGAUGUAGUUGAUGGAUGGAUAUACCGUAGUAGAGAGAUGUAGUUGAUGGAUGGAUGUAGUAGAGAGAUGUAGUUGAUGGAUGGAUGUAGUAGAUGGAUGUGGUAGAUUGAUGGAUGUACCGUAGUAGAGAGAUGUAGUUGAUGGAUGGAUGUAGUAGGUAGAUGGAUGUAGUGGAUUGAUGGAUAUACCGUAGUAGAGAGAUGUAGUUGAUGGAUGGAUGUAGUAGGUAGAUGGAUGUAGUGGAUUGAUGGAUAUACCGUAGUAGAGAGAUGUAGUUGAUGGAUGGAUGUAGUAGAUGGAUGUCUACAUAUAUAUAUGGUGUUUGGUUUGACCAUCCCCUGUUUUUCACAGCAGUGCAGAACAGGAGAUGGAAAGAGAAGCUCCUUGCAAUAUAGCCGCUUUCUAUAGUGCUCACUAUUAUUAUUUUAAUGGUAGAGGCAUCUUUCUAUAGUGAUCACUAUUAUUAUUUUAAUGGUAGAGGCAUCUUUCUAUAGUGAUCACUAUUAUUAUUUUAAUGGUAGAGGCAUCUUUCUAUAGUGCUCACUAUUAUUAUUUUAAUGGUAGAGGCAUCUUUCUAUAGUGCUCACUAUUAUUAUUUUAAUGGUAGAGGCAUCUUUCUAUAGUGCUCACUAUUAUUAUUUUAAUGGUAGAGGCAUCUUUCUAUAGUGCUCACUAUUAUUAUUUUAAUGGUAGAGGCAUCUUUCUAUAGUGCUCACUAUUAUUAUUUUAAUGGUAGAGGCAUCUUUCUAUAGUGCUCACUAUUAUUAUUUUAAUGGUAGAGGCAUCUUCCUAUAGUGCUCACUAUUAUUAUUUUAAUUAGUGCUCACUAUUAUUAUUUUAAUUAGUGCUCACUAUUAUUAUUUUAAUUAGUGCUCACUAUUAUUAUUUUAAUGGUAGAGGCAUUGGUCACAUUUAAUUUGAAACCGUAGAUUUUUCCCUGUUACAGUUUGCAAUAUAGAGCAAUGUACUGCUCACUAGAAAAUAUCAGAUUAUACUGACUGAAGUAUGUGCAUUUAAAAACAAAAAAAUCCUACUGGGAAAAAUCUUUUUCAACAGCCAACUGGAAAACUUAGCCAUCUUUCUAGAGCUCCAUCUUUCCGAUUUGACCUCAUUUUUUCCCCCCAAGUCCCCAGUUAUCUUGAAAGCAACAUGACCAUCACAUGCAGGUACCAUCAGGUCAGGAAAAUAAAAAGCUAAUUAUUUCAAUUUAUGCUCAGCUGUGCGUCGCAAAUGCUACACCAACUGAUCUAUUUUGUCAAUCAAAGCUUGAGAUUUGAAAUGUAAUAUUGUCUGAGAGGAACAUUGGCCGUAGGCAAUAUCCUCUGAUAAUGUAUUAGGUCUCCUGAAAAAAACUAAUUCCUAACAGAACUUUUUUUAUAAUUUUAAUGUAAAAAUCUCCAAAUCAUGUUUAAAAGAAAAAAAAUCUGAAAAGAUGAUCUCGGCAUGCAAUAUGUUUUCUGGUUGUGGGAGUCUCACCUGGCCCAAUGGUCAAACAGAAACAAUUUACACUAUUUCGUGUUUUGACCAAUCAGACCAGGUCUGAAAAGAUCUGAUGAGAAAAUAUCUGAUGUAAUUGGUCGAAAUACCAAUUAGUGGGAAAAAAAUAUGAAUUACUGAGGAUAAUAGGCCACUCCUAUUUGCCAUAUCUGUAUACCAUCUAUUGCAUCUUAGCCUAUGCCACUCGAUCAUUGCUCAUCCAUAUGUGCACAUAUUCUUAUUCCAUCCCUUUCCUUAGAUUUGUGUGUAUUAGGUAGUUGUUGUGGAAUUGUCUUGGCCAGGUCGCAGUUGUAAAUGAGAACUUGUUCUCAACUGGCCUACCUGGUUAUAUAAAGGUGAAAUAAAAAAUAUAUUUAAAAAAUUAAGUGUUCACACUGAGAAAUGUUACGUGUCACAAUCAAAUCAAAUCAAAUUGUAUUUGUCACAUUGCCGCCGAAUACAACAGGUGUAAACCUUACAAUGAAAUUCUUACUUACAAGCCCUUUUUCAACAAUGUAGUUUUAAGAAAAAUACCCCCAAAAAACAAGAAAUAUAAGUAACAAAUAAUUAAGAACAGCAGUAAAUAACAAUAGUGAGGUUAUAUACAGGGGGUACCUGUACAGAGUCAAUGUGGAGACUAUAUACAGGGGGUACCGGUACAGAGUCAAUGUGGAGGCUAUAUACAGGGGGUACCGGUACAGAGUCAAUGUGGAGGCUAUAUACAGGGGGUACCGGUACAGAGUCAAUGUGGAGACUAUAUACAGGAGGUACCGGUACAGAGUCAAUGUGCGGGGUUAGUCAAGGUAAUUGAGGUAAUAUAUACAUGUAGGUAGAGUUAUUAAAGUGACUUAUGCAUAGAUAAUAACAGAGAGUAGCAGGGGGUAUAAGCCCCUUGAACCUAGACUUGGCGCUCCGGUACCACAUGCCGUGCGGUAGCAAAGACAACAGUCUAUGACAAUUUUUAUGGCCUUCCUUUAUCACUGCCUAGUUGUAACUGACAGUUAGACUUACAGGUUAUGUCGUUGUCUUUUGUUUGAAUUGUUUACGUGUCCGCUGUGCGGGAGAAAUGAUAAUACAAGCGGAACUACGUAGCUAAUACUGUUGUAACGGGGAUCCUUAUUGCAGCAACACACUUUUGGAGGGAAGGCAAUCCUGCGCUGCGUUAGCUAAGUUUUCAUGUCAUCGGGUGUAGUUCAUAAAGGUUGAAGAGUGUAUGUUAGGAUGAAGUGUGAAUUCAUGCCAGGAAUAAUAAGUGUGAAGUUUGAUUUCCUCCCUUCUGUAAUAAGCAGCCAAUGAGGUAUUUUUCCUUUAUUCUUUACUGUUUAAUCUGAUACUGUUAUAACGCCGGUUAAACUGUUUAGUAUGUAAGCACUUCUAAGUUAUACCAAGCUAAUAAGUCACUCGUAAGAUAAGGAGGUUGUAAGAGUGUGCUUAACUGUAUUUUUCAUUUACCUUAUAGUUCUCACGGAAGGUGAUAAUUCUGACUAAAACUACAUAAUAAAACCGCCAGUUAAAAUCAA